AUGUUAGUAAAGAUGCAGUUAGUAUCAUUUCCUGCCAGCCCAUGCGCGGUGCUGCCAUACCCAUCGCUGCCGCGCUUCUUUACAGACCCCAUCACUGACGCCCUCCCCUCUGUUGUCUUUCUCAUCCAACCCUUCCCGUUCUAUUCGCAGGAGCUGGUGGUGCUCAGGGUGGACCUGCAGCGCCACAUGCAGCGCAGCGCCGUGUUGCCGCCACUCAAGGACGUCGACCCCUUCACCCAUGUCAGUCGCAUGCGCCCUCUCACUCACGCCCGCCUCCUCUCGCCAUGGCCUAGCGCCCCUCUCGUUGGAAGCUCACGAGUGGCGACCACGGUGGUGCAUCAGGCGCAUCUCAGCCCGCUGCCCCUGGCCGCCCAGCCUGUGUUCUGGGACUAUGACUUCACUCUGCACCUCUUCCCCACACCCCACGUGCUCAUUCUGGCAGACUCAUCAGGGCAGAGCAGCGCUGUGGUGAAUGGCAUCACGUGCAUCAACCCCGGCUCCUUCUCCCUCGAUGGCACCUUCACUGCGUACUACCCAGCCUCACGCACAGUGGAGCACUGCAAUGUGUGA